AGCAACGUUAUAAUAGCGCCACGGCGGAUCCGUUAUUCAUUCACUGCUGGUGUGAUGUCAGGGGAAGGGAAAUGGGAGGAAGUGACAUCACUGUGAGAGGCGUGGGCACUGCUGGGAUUGUUUGAGGUGCUGAAAUACUUCAGUGCUGUUUAAACCCCCUGAGAAAGGAGUUUUGUUUCCGGAACAUUGGGGUUUGUGGGCGUUUGCUUUUUCCUAUUUGCCUGUGUCACUGAGGUGCUUCUGAAUCCGGUCAGCCAAAAGUCCCUAAGAAAACCCUACACUCCACAGACUGCCAGCAAGAUGCCAAGCUGUAUAGUGGAGAACUGCGGCAACUCCAGCUACAAGGCGGCUGAGAAAGGAGUGAAACUGCAUCCGUUUCCCACUCAGCUGCACAGGAUCAAGCAGUGGCUCCAGGCCAUUCCCCAGAAGUUUGGUGACUUAGAUUCCUUUGCUCAGCAGAUUUUAGAUGCCAAGAAGACCAAACCCCAUCGCGUCUGCUCCCACCAUUUUACUCCGGAGUGUUACAUCUAUAUGAGCGGAAAAAUCUAUUUAUCCAGAGAUGCCGUCCCGAGUAUUUUCAGCUCCUGCGACCCCCCGCCUGCCAAGAAGUUCUGCAUGGAUCCAUCACAUAUCGGCUGGAAGGAAAAGCCAGCGUGUGUUGACGUCAGCACCCGCACGGACAUAUACAACUUCGGCAGAGAUCGGGGCACCCAGUUUGAUCGUUACUAUGGAGUUAAAAAUAAAAAGAUCUCCACGGAAGCCAAGAGCUUUACAAGAGAUGUGGCAACACUGACGGACCCACGGCUACAAACGUCUGAGCCUCAGAUGAGCACCUGGGGAAAGAAACUCAAGAUCAUCACUCCCAGGCUGAAUACAGCAGAUAAAUACUCACAGUGCCCUGAGUAUGAUUUCUACAGAAGCCAAAGACUCUUCAAUGUCAGUCCCUCCUACAAGGAUCUCAUGGCAAUGUCAGAAGAACUUGCUCACACCGGGAUGAAGGGGAACAAGGAUAAAAAUCAGCGCAAUGAAAAAAUCUUGAAUCUCACACUAGAAAUAAUCUAUCUGCUGACUGGAGAGGACUUUAUGGUAAUGAAGAGGACUUCUGAUGGCUUCCCACAGAACUGUACUGAUUGUAUGCUGGAAGGACCCUGCAGACGCCAUACCCCAACUGUGGCAUUUUCAUCAGACUCUGUGACAAAUGACAAGGUUGUUCUGGAACUCAUGUCCAACAUCAUCCAGCUGCUGACUGGAGAGGAGUGGGACUAUAUAAAAGGAAACAAGGCUUUUUACAGUAAAAGAAUGGAGGAGGAUCCCCAGCAGCUCCACCCACUGGACUGUCCCUAUGAAGACAUGAGGGAUAUUUCCGGGAAUCUCCAAGCAACACUGUGCAGUAAACCUGCCACAAGCAAGAAGGGGGGUAAAAGAGCAUCAAAUACUUUUGCACCCCUACAGCCCAUAACAACUAUGGUUAUUAAAGAGGAGCCGACUUCAUGGGACGAAGAAAACGAAAAUUCCAUCACCACUAAGACAUUUAAGGAAGAGCCACCUUCAUGGGAGGAAGAAAACCAAUCAGAUUGCAGCAUUAAUCAAUUUAUAGGGCAGAGGCCUGGCACAGAUACACCCACUACUAUUAUGGGAUGCAGUACCUAUGCUACUACAAGUAUUAAGGAGGAGCUUGUGUCAUGUGAAGAGGGAAACCAAUCAGAUUGCAGCAUUAAUCCACUUACAGAACCAAUACAGGGAACAGAUACACCUACUCCUAUCAUGGGAUGCAGCCUGAAUAACAGCUCGGCAGAGGAUUAUAUAUCACACAAAGGGGAAGCGGCUUUAUGUGAACAGGAAAACCAUUAUGAUCGCAGCAUUAAUACACAUAGACAAGAGACACAGGGAACUGAAGAACCUCAUACAUCUGGAGUUUUCCUGAAGAACAGCUCGACAUAAAUAAGAAUGAAAAAUAUGUGUAUUGUAAAAAGAAUAAUUCUCACGUUCCGCUCCCAGGGCAAAAUGGAAUGUGCAACGUGGCUGGUUGAGAAUCUAAAGGAAAGAACCUUUUUUUUGUUCUGUUUGUGGGAAAUGUUUCUACCACUUCAGAAAGCAGAUGAGCAACACUUGUGUCUGUAUAUCUUUGUUUUUCUAAUAACCUUCUGAAUUGAAAAAAAGUUGGGGUUCUACAUGAAGGAAUGUUCUUUUAAUGGCAGAAGUGCUGAAACAAUACUUGCACCGUACUGUACCCCACAGAAUGUUCUCCUAUACAUAAUUAACUGUGUUACUGAGCAACAGCAGCUUCCUAAUUGGAAAUACACUAAUGCCCUUGGUGUUCUUCUGCACUUUCCUCUGGCUGGUUGGACAUUGAUGCUGGAAGUUUAAACACAUCGGAAACUAGUAGAUACAUUUUUAUAGGGAGUUCUGUAGUGAUUUCUAUUUACAGGCUGCACCCAGUGCUGUCCCUUCUUUCAGCAACACGUCUCCAAUAUGAUUGGAGCACAGAUGUACCAUGUCUUGCCACUUUGUUCCCCUCCAAAACCUUCAACUGCAUUAACUAGUUACUCAACCACCAUUCCCUUCCAAUGUGCUUCUCAUAUUUUGCCAUAACACGUGCACAGCCAAAUUCUGCCAAUCACUGUGAAGGUGGCCAUGCAUUAUGUGAUCCUUUAUGGCUGAUUGGGCAAAACAGAUGAAACUUGCAUUCAUAGGAACAUAGUAAGUUCAACCUUUUAGUUUUUCUUUUUUUAAUCUGCCGAAUUUUAAUUGAAUAAUUUGCGAAAGAUCAGAAGUGCAGAGGCGCUAUACUAGACACCUCAGCCGAUAAUCCUAUGAUAUAUUAUAUACCUGUUCUGGGCUGUAGCUAAAAGUUUAUGAUUGGCAACAGAUAGGGAAAGGCAUAUACUAUAGUAUGGAAUAAGCAGGUAGGUAAGUAAAUGGGAAUUCUGUGCAUGAAAGCACUGCAAUGUUACAGUUCUUAUGGAUAGUGCUUCAAGGUGGAAAUUAAACUGGAACUAAUGUUCUGUUGUCCAGUAAACACUCUUGUUAUAUAGAGAGCUAUAAUAAUAAUAAACAUAAACAACUGCCAUGUGCUCCAUGUAAUGUGGCUUUUACAGUGGGCUCCGCCUGGGAAGCACAAAACGAAGGAGAUGCCUUUAAAACCUGCAUAGGAAGUGGAGGCUCAAGUAUUCAUGGAAAUAGAUCUUUAUUUUUAAGGUGAAGUAGAGCCACCCUGGCAAAUAUUAGCUUUCAUACCAGUACACAGACCACAACUACUGAGCUGCCCCAUAUUGAUCGGUGGCCCUUCUGUUCCCAGCAGCCAUCUUGCUGAUCAAUGAGCAGCACAUUGACACUAGAAGCUGAACUGGGAUCUUGUGUGACUGCACAUGUUCUUAGGUGAGAGAAAUAAUGGGACAUGAGAUAAAGUGCGUGUUCUGCCAUAUUGGCCUGUUCCAGUGGGAGGGCACAAUCAUUAAUAUGAGAGGCACCUGAUGUCAGACUGACAGGUUUAGGAAGAACUAAAGACAAAUCCAGAAAUAUGUUGGUAAAAUAGCAUGAAAUGUGGGCAAAAUCUGGAAACUGUUCUGUAUAAAAGACAAACUUACAGAAGUGGAGAUAGAGUUUUGUGAAUAGGGUGGGAAAUCCGACACUUCUAUCCCCACUUCUAUUUUGUCUCAAUAUCAUCACUUUUCUGAAUUCCCCCAAAGUGGCCUUGCUUUGGACUAGGCAGAGCAGCUGCAUCAUAUUUAUACAUGGCUCCCUAUUCCUUUCAGCAGCAGAACACACGGCUCCUGCAUCACGUAUUUACAUAUGCCUCUGGCCUGGUAUCAUUUAGUGGUACCAAUAUGCUUCAGAAUAUCUUCAUAAUAUCCACAUUGUCUUUGGCUGUUUAUUGGGAGGCAACAACAUCACACUGCAUUGAGUUAUCUGAACACCCCAGGAAUCUGAUUCUGAUCAAACGGGGAACAUCUGACAUCAACAAACACAUCGCUCUCUCUCUCUUGUCAGCUCUGGGGCCUAGAGUUCUUCAUAUCCUCUAGAGGUAGCCAUAGCAGCAUUCCCAGUUUAGCUACUUGCAUUUGUACUGAGAUCCAACUUCUAU